AUGGAAGACACGACUUUUGGAUGCGAUGUGAGUUUGACGCCAAAGAACGACGUGACGACUUGCGCUGAGGAGGCAAAAGUAGGAACGAGGGGCAAAGCCGGACUGAGCAAUCUCGGGAAUACGUGCUUUAUGAAUAGCGCAUUGCAGUGUCUCAGUCACUCUUCGCUUUUGACGGAUUACUUUCUGUCCGAUAAAUACGAAGUGGACAUUAAUACGGACAAUCCCAUCGGUAUGGGCGGGGAGCUGGCGAAGGAGUACGCGAAUUUGAUAGGCGCACUUUGGCGGGACGGCGCGCUCACGGUCACGCCGCGCAAGUUCAAGUCUUCCUUGGCUCGUUUCGCGCCUCAGUUCAGUGGAUAUAUGCAACAAGAUGCACAAGAGCUGUUGGCGUUUUUACUAGAUGGCUUGCACGAAGAUUUAAAUCGCGUCAAGAACAAACCGUACGCCACAGAGCGAGACGCGGAGGGAAGAAGCGACGAGGACGUUGCAAACGAAUCUUGGGAAGCACACACGGCUCGCAACAAUUCUUGCAUCGUCGAUACUUUUCAGGGUCAGUAUCGAUCGAAGUUGGUUUGCCCGUCAUGCAGCAACAAAUCGGUCAAGUUCGAUCCGUUCAUGUACCUUUCCAUUCCGGUCCCGUCGGCUCGUGAGCGCAUGAUUAAAGUCACACUCGUAUCGUACGGCGACGAACUUUCUGCAAUCACGUACGGUUUGAAACUGCCUAAGAAUGGUGAGAUUGCCAUGUUACUUAGUGCUCUAUGCGAAGCCGCUGAUAUCGAUACGAUGGACGAACGUGUGGUACUUUGCGAAGUGUACAAUCAUCGAAUGGAAAAGACUCUUUCGAACAUGUCCUACUCACUCACAGACAUCAGAGAACGCGACGUGAUAUACGCGCACCGCUUACCGGCGAUAAAAGACAACGACAACGUGGAAACAGUCGACACCGUUCUUGUGCACAGAAAAGAGUUGAAUCAAAACAAGACGCCGUAUUCGCACGUUAGCUCCGUGGCGGCGACGACGAUGGUCCGAUUUGGCUUUCCGUGGAUCGUUCCAGUGAGCGUGCCAAAAGGCACGAAGGCUGGUCCCGACCACGCGAGAUUCGUAGAGAAGGAGGUGGAAAAGUUUAGCGCAAAGUUUGCACACACAAAUUCGAUGGAGAAAUCGUGUUCGCCUACCACGAGCGGCGAUACAGAAGGAAGUGCGUCUCGACGCGCCGUCGCAGAAAAGGACUCUCGACUCUUCAAAAUGAAGUACACGAAUAAGAGCGCCUCGGCAUCGUUCCACGAGUAUGGUUCAACGACCGCAUCGACGUCGGACUCGCACGAAAUGCAGUACACCAUCGCCUCCUCCAUGCAUUGCGUUGCGAUAGACUGGUCUUCGAAGGCUCUGAGCCAGUUCUUUGACGAAGAAUUGUUGGAGCGUGAAAUCGAGGAGCACCCAAGCGUGACGGAGAACGCGAUUGAGAACAGCGGGACUCAAGGCACACCACUAGCGUCGUGCAUCGAGUCUUUCAUUCAAGAAGAGCCGCUCGGUAAGGAUGACAUGUGGUAUUGCAAGCAGUGCAAGGACCACGUCCAGGCGAUGAAAAAGCUCGAUUUGUGGCGCAUGCCGCCGAUUCUCGUCAUGCACCUCAAGCGUUUCAGCUACAGUCGAACGUGGCGAGAUAAGAUCGAUACGUUGAUUGAUUUUCCACUCAACACGCUUGACAUGACGCCUUACGUACUCCCGAACGCUUCCAGUGGGCCGGCGCCGAUUUAUGACUUGUACGCGGUGGUGAACCACUUUGGCGGCAUGGGCGGCGGUCAUUACACCGCGUACACGAGACACGCCGAGGAGGGCACGUGGCACUUGUACGACGAUAGUCGUUGUACCGCAGUAGACGUCGGUGCGGCGCUGAACAACAGCGCGGCUUACGUCUUGUUCUACAAGCGCCGCGACGUCCCGAUGCGCCAAGCCAUGUCUCGCGCCGGCUCGCUGUGCAACAUGGCCGCCAUGGACAGCGUCGCGAACACGCGUACCCCAUGCGACGACGACGACGACGAACCUAGAGAAAUGGAACUCAACUAG